AUGGCAACAAAAUGCACGCAAGAAGAAGCAACAGUGGCUGGAUGGUCUCGAGAAGAGGUCUUAAAUCACAUUGAAUUGUUAGCAGCCGAGUUCUUGGAGUGCCUUACGGACGGAAAGGUUUUAUAUCUAGAAGCUUUAAAGCGCAAUUCGUCUGCGAUGAUCUACGACCACGAGAAACAACAGCAGCUUCACGGCAACGAUACACGCUUGAUUAAACUAAAUCGACAAGGAGGCAGGCGAUACACGGGGAUAUGGUUGAUCUUGCAGACAGCACAUGCUUUGUUAACGGAAAACAAAACUGCAACACAGCGAGAUGUUUACUACUUGCACCCUUUCUUCAAAGGCCAAAGCGAAGCUGACGAAGCAAUUUUAGACGCUGGAAGCAUAUUGGGCGUUCCAAGAGGAUGCAUGAAUAUUGUCGGCGCGACUAAAGGGUUCUUCACUGGAAACCUAAGUAUUUUAAGAGAUGGCCAAUGGAGGCACUUCAGUAGCGGAGAGGAAGUGUCAAUUACUCAAGAGCUUUUGCAGCUGAAGCCUUGCGAGAUGCAAAGCAACGCAAAGUGUAUUAUUGUAAUCGAGAAGGAUGGGAUUUUUAAUCGUUUAAGAGAGGAUAGGUUUUUUGAGGCGAUCCCAAGCAUCCUGAUCACCGGUCGUGGAUUUCCAGAUUUAGCCACAAGGAUGUUCGUCAGUCUAUUAAGUCGUGUUUUUGGAAUUCCGGUUUUCGGUCUUUGCGAUUGCAAUCCGUUUGGUCUCUCGAUCAUGCUCACUUACAAGCUAGGGUCAGCUCGGAUGCCUUUGGAAUCGCUGCAAUGUGCUAUAGACAUCAAGUGGAUUGGCCUCCGUCCAUCUCAAGCUGCAAGCCUAGACUUGCCUUCAUCGUCUCUUAAGGCGCUGACACGAAAGGAUAUUACUGUAGCAGACUCCUUACUGCGCGCAAGCUUCGUUCAGGCUAAUGAUGCUUACAAGGAAGAAGUUGAGAUGUGGCUUGGCGAAACGCUGCCGUGGAAAAUUGAGCUUGAAGCUCUUCACUUCUUAGGGUUUACGUUUCUCACCUCUUUUCUUCGAGAUUGCAUUAAGAAGGGCAACUUUUUGUGA